AUGACAGGAGGAGGAAGAAGAGUAGAGAAGAGAGGGAGCCCUUUGUUGAGAUGGAGUGUGAAACAAGAAAGGUACACCCAUGGCUUCUCACAAUCUGAUCUCCAAGCUCUCUCUGCCAUUUGUGAGGCUAUUAUGCCUCCUGUGCCGUUACAGAGCUUAGAUCUUGAGAUGAAGUUGAAGGUUUUACGCAACGAUGCCCUCUUAUCUUUCUUCAAGUCUUCUUCUGGGUCCCAUGUUCAACCUGAUGAGGUAGCAGAGGUAAUGGCGACAAAGGCAAUGACAGUGACAGUUACAGUGGUGAGAAUAGUGUUGAGACUACUCACAUUCAAAUUGGGGACGUUGCUGCUUUGCGGGUUUGUCUGUCUCGACAAGAAGAGUUGGCCCUUUCUUCUCAAAUUCUCUGACAUCUCGCUUGACAAGAGGGAAAAGGUUCUCCAGAAAUGGAACACGCAGUGGUAUAACCCUCUUGCAAGAAUUGCUUUUAUGAUGAUCAAAUCCAUCUUCUUGUUCUACUACUUCACCUGGACAAAUGAAAACACAGAAAACCCAGCAUGGGAUGCAAUUAGUUAUAGCGUGGACCUGGGUGAAAACGAGGACAUGAAACACGGAGAAAGGCCUCUAGAUAAAGGGAUCAUCGAGACGGCAAUAGAAGAUGAGAUGACCAUCAAGCAAAGUCUGAUCAACAAAGGUCUUAAAGUCACAAAGGACAGCGAAAACGACACUUACAAGAUCGAGUGUGAUGCAGUGGUAGUGGGUUCUGGCUGUGGUGGAGGAGUUGCAGCUGCAAACCUAGCAAAGUCAGGCCUUAGGGUGGUAGUUCUCGAGAAAGGGAACUACUUUGUGCCCCGAGACUACUCAACUCUCGAGGGUCCUUCCAUGUUUGAGCUGUUCGAGGCGCACAGCUUAUUGAUGACUCAUGAUGGGAGGUUCCGGUUCAUGGCAGGGUCAACUGUCGGUGGUGGCUCUGUCGUAAACUGGGCAGCGUCCUUGAAUACACCUGACGCGAUCAUCAACGAAUGGUCAGAGGAUCGAGGGAUUGCAAUAUUUGCUGGGGCGGAGUACAAGGCGGCUAUGGAAAGCGUCUGCAAGAGAAUAGGUGUCACUGAGAAGGUCACAAAAGAAGGGUUUCAGAACCAGAUUCUGCGGAAAGGGUGCGAGAAGCUUGGUUUGGAUGUGACAGUAGUGCCAAGGAAUUCAUCGGAGAAACAUUAUUGCGGUAGUUGCUCAUUUGGAUGCAAAACCGGAGAUAAAAGAGGAACGGAUUCAACCUGGCUGGUUGAUGCAGUUAAUAACAAUGCGGUGAUACUAACGCAGUGCAGGGCUGAGAAACUGAUCUUGGCUGAUACCGAUGCUCAGAAGAGAAAUGAGAGCGGACGAAGGAAAAUAUGUUUGGGAGUCACAGCUUCUCUAUCAAACCGAACCAGACAGAAGCUUCAGAUCAAUGCCAAAGUGACAGUUGUAGCUUGCGGCUCGCUUAUGACACCGGGACUGUUGACUUCGAGCGGGUUGAGGAAUCCAAACAUUGGUCGAGGUCUCCAUCUCCACCCUAUCCUGAUGGUUUGGGGCUACUUCCCAGAAAAGAACUCAGACAUGGAAGGAGCGGCUCAUGAGGGAGAGAUCGUGACUUCAUUACACUACGUGCUUGGAAUGGACUCUACAACACCAAACAUCACGCUGGAGACUCCUGCAAUAGGACCAGGUACGUUCGCAGCUCUCACCCCGUGGGUGUCUGGGUCAGACAUGAAGGAGAGAUUGGCCAAAUACGCAAGAACGUCUCAUAUAUUUGCUAUGGUUAGAGAUGAGGGUGUUGGAGAUAUGAAGGGAGGGAUUGUCAAAUACAGAAUGACAAAAGCGGACGAAGAGAACCUGGCAAUUGGGUUAAAGCAAGCACUGAGGAUCUUAGUUGCAGCAGGAGCAAAAGAGGUGGGCACAUACAGGAGCGACGGGCAGAGAAUGAAGUGUGAAGGAAUCAAGGAGGAAGACCUAGAGGCCUUUCUAGAGACGACUUGA